CUGAGGCUUUUAUUUUGAAGGAGCCUGGCUUCUUCCGGAGGAAGUUUGCGAUUCUUUAUGUCCUAGCUAAACUUUCGCUUUGCACUGACUGAAACAUUUGGAUUAUGGCCACGUUUUUCGGAGAGGUUUUGUCGGUGUAUUCUCGGGCGGUGGAGGAGGACGAAGAGGAGCUUGAAGAAAACGAAGAAGACGAACAAAUUCGCAGAGAAUUGGAGGAGAAGAGAACUGUUCAUCUCCAUUGGAAUCCUGAAAUCUCAGAGUUGUUGAGAGCCGGGAACAAGGUGCAGUGUUCCAGCUUCAUCCUGGCUGUAGGACACAAUGCUGCCAGCUUCCUGUCAGCAUACAUUCUUGCCUCUGCAAACUGGGAUGUGGUUGGGCGUGCAGUGGCGUGGAACGAGAUGAGCCGGUCUAGAACUGGGCCGAGUGGCGAAGGGUCGGCAUGUGUUUUCUACAGACACAAGAACGAGCCAGCAGUUUUGAUAUGCCAUGUAACAUGCCACAUUGCAGAGGACCAGCUAUUCCAGUGGACAGAAAAGGUGUUCGGCUAUCUGCAGACCAGAGGUCUCACUGUGACUGUGCUGUCUGACAGCUCUGUGGCUGAUUACAAGACAGCAGACUACCUGUGCAGCAGCUCUGCCCCCUUCCUGCGGUCGCUUUGCUCUAGUGCAUUCAGCGAUCAGCCUGUCUGCCAGUCACUGGAGCAGCCCAACAUCAUUACAGGACUGCCAGCUGCAGUCCUGAACCACUGCCAGGUCCACAGCAUCGCUGCUGCUGUCUACCAGUGUUACAGUGAUGUCACCGGUCCUGACUCCAUCACCAUGGACAAGUACAAGCCAGUGCUAACCAAGCUUGGCAGGUCCAUACAGGUGUACUCAUCCCAAAGCACAGAUGUCCUCCGCAAGUUUGUCAGAAGCUCUGAAAUUCAGAGUAACCUUUAUAUUUGAUACAAGGAACUAUGGGAUUAAGUUUAAUGAAAUGUACUGAAAUACUGUCUUUUAAAAUAAAGUUAUUCCUUCAACAGAA